GGCAGAGGGCGCUGUGGAGACGUGUCAGCUUCGGCGCAGAGGAAGAAGAAGCGGCUGUAAACACACAUGUGUCGCCACUGUUUCACCGGCUCCAUUUAUAAUGAAACCCUCUGAAGCCGAGCAGCAGCGUCCAUGCCUCUAUUUAGAACUUAGUUCCCGCAACGGGGAGCCGCGGCUGCCCCUGCACUCCUCCAUCGUCCUCUUCCUCCUCUCCUACUGCGAGUCCAGCUCUUUCAAAGUCUUCCUGGUCCGCAGCGACGGCGCCGGCAACGAAAGCUGCUCCGAGUCCCCGAGGCGUCUCCUGCCGGAGUCCCUCGGCGCGUGCGCCCUCCUCACCCCGGAGGCGCUGCCGCGGCUGGUGAGGAGCUGCCGUCUCCCGGCCGCGGUGGAUGAGAGCGGGCGGCUCUGCCGGGCCGGGCUGGCGGUGGUCCUCAGGCACGUCAUCGCCAGAACCACGGAGGCGGACCCCUCCCGGAAGGAUGUGCGUGCGCUGCUGGGCUUCAAGGAAACGUGUCUGAAGGCUUGCGCGGAGGAAAACGGCAUCGAGGCAGCCUUCUCUCCUCAUCCUUGCCCUGCUUGGACCCUCCCAUGGGAGAGCUUCCCAGCAGCUAUCAACCCCACUGAAGGAAAAAUGUCCAACAUCCGAGCCAUCAGGAAGAUGCAACAGCUAAACAACUUGGCCGCGAUGGUGUCAGAACUAGCCAGGCCGGGAGACACAGUUGUGGACUUCUGCAGCGGAACGGGUCAUGUGGGGAUUGUUCUGGCUCACACGCUUCCAGAUUGCCAGAUCAUCCUCAUAGAGAACAAAGGGGAGUCUUUAAGUAGAGCCCAACGUCGCAGCGCUGAGCUCGGCCUAACCAACAUUGGCUUCCUUCAGGCCAAUUUGGAUUACUUCAUUGGACCGUUUCAGAUUGGGGUCGCCCUCCAUGCGUGUGGGAUCGCGACAGACAUGGUGCUGGAGCACUGCAUCCAGGCAGGAGCCGCCUUUGUCGUCAGCCCUUGCUGCUACGGCUUCAUCCAGAACGCAGUCAAGUUCACCUUCCCCAAGAGCAAAAGGUUCCAAGAGGCUCUCACCACCAAGGAACACAUGAUCCUCUGUCGCUUUGCAGAUCAGACUGCGGUCCAGCUACCACCUGAGAGGCGCCUCAUUGGGAAACACUGCAUGGGCUUGGUGGACUUGGAUCGGGCUUGGGCUGCAGAGACUCAUGGGUACUCGGUGCAGGUGACGACCAUGGAGCCUGAAAGCUGUUCGCCGAAGAACAACAUGUUGGUGGGAAGGCCGCCGCAGAGGACUGCAGAGCCAGCUGGACGCGGCGACGCAUAAUCAGGCCUGUGAGCUCUGCCGCACAGCUGAGCAUCUCCAGAAUGGUGGAAAUCCUCCGUGCUCAGCGUCACAUGGCAGAAACGUUUCUAUUUAAAAAUCGUGUUUUCAGGCAGCCUUGUUUUUUUUUUUUGUUUGUU